AUGUCUUUGUGCAGCCAGGCUAUCGAUCACGUACAGCAACAAUGGAUAAUGCAUGAGAUUCUCCCAACUACGCAAACCAAUGGUCUGACACCUCACUACUUAGCAAUGCGUGCUAUUACAACUCGCUCACUCGUACAUAACGACAGCCCUGGCUUAACAACCUCAAUAUGUAUCGCUGAACCUACUGUAGCCCGUUCAGUAUCUACAGAGGCCUGUUCAACAUCCAUAGGAGCCUAUUCGGCAGCUGUACAACACAAGUGCGAAACUUGGUUAAGAGAGCAAGACCCCGACUUCACGCCAGUUAGACAACUUUUUUCGGACAAAUAUGGCUACUCAAAUUGUAUCACACAUCUAGAGCAACGAAUGCCAGUCAUCUCCAUCGACUCCUCGUUCCACCUGUCGAGCACAUGGGUCCCACCUGGCGUUCAAGAGGCCUUUGAUAAGGCAUGCCAUUUGGAACUUCGCUCUCAGACAGGACUCGUGGCAACCUACCUUGAUAUGGAAGGUUACCAUUCUCAUCAGCGCAACCCCGAGUUAGAGUUAUAUCACUUGCAUGUGAAGAUGUGUCGUGCCAAAGCUGAGGUAGAAGUUUAUGAACUGGCGAUUGGAAAUGCGCCUGCAUCUGACUACUCUGACAGCGACGCUUCGUCAUCACUUGGCAGCCGCCCUUAG